CUUUGACGUGCGGUGGACAAAAUCAACGAGAUCAGCGCUGUAUUUGUUUUACGCAGGUAGAUUCUGAAUCGAAAUCCGUGAAAAUGGACGACACAUCGAGAGAUGCCGAACUUGAAAACUACCUAGACGCUUUGACCGAUUUCGUGAAAAAGCCGUCGAAAAGUAUACCGUCCGUGCUGGAACAGUUGAUUCAAAGGAUAGCCCGCCACGGUGAACCAUUGUUUCCAUGGUUCAAGUUGAAGCCAUUGAUUGUGAUGAAGCUGGAGAAUGUGAUAGAGGAGUACAUAGAGUAUAAUCCACAUGAGGAGGUCCCUAUACUACCCAACGUUGAGAAUGUACGUUUUGACGACAUGCGGGAGCGUCUUCUCAAGGCACUUGAGUCAUUCAACAGUGCACCAUUCACAAUACAGAGGCUGUGUGAACUGUUAACAGAACCUAAGAGAUACUACAGACGGAGUGACAAGUUUAUGCGUGGCAUUGAAAAGAACGUUCAAGUGGUGAGCACGAUAACACCGUCAGGAAAGCGCAUCACAUCCCUGUUUGACCUGCAGAAAAGCCCACCAAUGAUGAAUGGCAUAGUGCCUGACCCUGAGGCUUCACCAUCGAGCGACAACAAUGGAUUUGUGCGGCCAGACUCUGAUGCAUUCACAAGUAGCCCCAGUAGCAGUAGUCGGGUGGAUGCCAUGAAUGGUGUCAGUCGUCCAUACUACAAUAGUGACACUAUGGACGCACCUCUCCAGUUUGCGUACCCCCUAGGUCAAAGCAUGACCUCACCUGCGACCUCUAUGCCAAGUUCAGAUUCAAGUGUGAGGACUGACCUCAAUAGACUCAACGGUACGCACUCAAAACCCCAUGAGGCCAAAGCCAAAGAGACCUCUGAAGCAUUGCCUGGUGUCUCCUCACAAGACUCUGCGGAGUCUGAUAACACCAGGUUAUGUGAAGAAAGAACGUUAGGGGAGGAUAAUGUAGAUAAUGACACAGCCAGCGUUGUAUCGUCGAGUGAUGCAGAAAGCUUUGUGGGUGACAGUCACAGAGAUGAGGUUGAAGAUGAAAUGGAGGUUGAUGUCGCUUCGUCGGGUGAUGCGGGGUCUCAGAGAGAUAGAGAAAUGGAAGAAGUUCCUGCUCCUCCUCAGUCUGAGCAAGGAAAGGAUGGAAGCGGGGAUGUUUCUACAAGCGAGUCUAGGCAGGCUUCAACGAGCGAGUCCAGGCAGGCUUCAGGAGAGUCGACCAGAGAUGCAGAGGAAACUGGAAAAGCAGACAGCAGUGAAGCUACUUCAGCAAGCACACCAAUGGAGUGCGGGGAAGAACUCUCCACCAACUCUGAGGCUGCAUCGAGCGAAAAACAAGGCAGCGAGGAGUUGGAAGAUGGGUCAGACCAAAGGGACACCAAUGCUUCAUCAGCAGCAGCCAGUCCAGAAGAGGGUCAACCUGAAGCAGACGUAGGUGCAGCAGGUGAUGCAGGACCAGGGGAUUCACUGCCUGGUGAUGCAGGACCGGCAGACUCAAGCAAUGAUGCAAAGAGCACUCCUGUGGAAGCUGCAGAGGAGAAUGCAGGAGGAUCAUCUGAAGCUGACUCCAAAGCCAGUUCUCCCGAAACUCCUGCUGCAUCUUUAGAAUCUUCACCAACCCUGGAUCGGAUGGCAGCAGUGGAAUCCUCUGCAGACGCUGCCGCCAUGACCCCAUCAACUCAACCCUCAACAGACGGUGUGACCGACUCUACCCCUACAGACUCCACAUCCUCAUCAGACAAUCAGAGUAGAGGAUCACCUCCAGUUGCCACCGACGACGGUGAUGCUGCUAGCAGUGGAGACAUAGCCAAUAGUGAAGUGUGUGAUGAAGAAUCCCAAAGUGCAGAAGGUGUGUCAACCCAAAGUUGAUGAAAUCACCUAAUUUACCUUUAUAUUUUUCAGAAAACAUGAACUCAAGUAGAAUUCCUUUGACACAACCGAGACCAAGUUUUAUGACAGUGUCGGGAGGGUCUUUUUCGUCUUAGAUGACUCAGCAGCAUAAAGGCCUUUACCAAAAUAGAAAUUCCAUGCUGUUAUAAAGAUUAACAUCUAAUGCAAUUCCUACAGGUGUUAAAUACAAAUUUGUGAAUUUCAGAUUGGAGUCAUUAUAUAUAUAUUAUGUAAAGUGUUUUUUCUUGUCACAUCCCAAUUGUAUUAUUUCUUGAUUUUUUUAAUAAUUUGUUUGUAUAUGUGUAAAAUUUCAUGUCAUUGAUGCAAAUUUUAGGAAUCCAUAAUUGUCCCUGUAUCUUCAAUCUGCCUGGCGACAUGUAAUGUUUUAAUUCAUUUGUGAUUGUAUUCAUGAAACCAGUUCUUCAUAUUUUUCAGAGACUAUUAUGUCAGCUUAUGAGACCUGUGUGACUUGUUAUCAACCCAUUGCCCCUGGAACAUCCCAUCCCAUCCCCCCUCCCCUUCUCUAGGGAAAACCGUCCAUUUCCAAUUUGAUAUAUUUAUUCACAUAUUCUUUUUUGUUUGUUUGUUUGUUUUUCCGUUUUUAUGUGAAUUUUUAAAGUUUACUUUCUUAUGAACAAGUUAAUCUAAGACAGUGCAGAAAUUGAAAAGUGAAGUGUUUGUAACAUUCUCCCAAUGCUGCAACAAAAUGUGGGAUGAUUAUCAGUCAUGCAUUUUAUUUUUAGGUCAUUUAAAGUACAUACCUUUCCUAAGCAGUUUUCAUUAUAGAGAGAUAGUUUGUACAUACUUGACCCAGGUGAUGAUCCUUAACAAAACAUUUAGCAAAUAUGAACGAUAAUAAAUUUUGUUCUCUCAAAGGGAUUAUAAGAUUUAAGAUAUGUGUAAGAUUUCAUAAUAAUCUCAGGUUUGGUGUUUAGAUAUGUUCAACUACAUGUAUAUGUUGAUUGAUGUGGAGAGACCACUUUAUGCCAAUGAAACUUUAAAGCCAUCCUUUCAUCCACAAAGCAUCAUUAGAUUUCUUAUUUUCAUCAUCUAUUAUUUUGUUUAGUACAUGUACAUGUAUGUCAGUUUUUGUUUUGUGUAGAUUUGAAUUUUAUCAUUCCCGUAGUCUUUAUGUGCAUGUAUCCUUUCUCUUCAUGUGUAGUGUUGUGUAGUGUUCAUUCAGUUGUUCUUACCAUAAUAAUUUGUUGUUUCUUUUUAUCACAAUAAAAAUCGCUAGUUACAGAAUAGGAUUCAAAAUUAGAUAUCAGAAAUAGCUACUCGCAGAAGUGCCAUGUUCAAGGAAGACAGUUGAUGAGAUGAUGAUUUGUUUUUUUGUCUAUUCUACCAGUAUACAAGAAUUAUAGAUAAAAACUUAUUAAUGUAUAUACUAUGAACGAAAAUAGACA